GCGUCGGGCUCCCGACGGCAUGGCCGUGGGCGGCGAAGCGGCCGCCAAUGCCAGCGGGGAGAAGGGGCACACGAUUCUGGAGCAGAUCGAGAUUAGCGACGAAAGCGACGAGGAGUUCGCCUACGAGGAGCUGCCAGAGGACCCGGAGCUGCUGGACGACGACGAGGAGACGCUCGACGACAUCAACAGGCUCCUCGCGGAGGCGAAGCCCGGCCAGGAGGUCGAGCCCGGCGUGGCCGACGGGAACUUCGCCAAGGUGGAGCAGCGGCCGCAGGUGGUCGACGACUUCAUCCGCAACUUCUUGAUCAAGCACAGCAUGCAGCGCUCCCUGGAAGCCUUCCAGACAGAGUGGUACGAGUUGCAGCAGAACGGGAAGUUGCGGGACGGGGCCAUGACCAGCGUGCCCGACUGCUUCAUGGAGAACCGUGGCCUCCUCGAAGAGGAGGGCCGGCGCGCGAGGUCGAGAAGGCGCGGGCCAUUGCCGCAACCGCCAAGGAGUCCUGGGACAAGUUCCGCAAGGAGCGCGACUUCCACAGGAUGCACCACCGCCGCGUGGUGCAGGAGAAGAACAAGCUCAUCGUGGACCUCAAGAGGCUAA